GGGCUGCGGGUAUGGAAUAUGUUGCAGCGGUAGGCCAUUGGAAAAUGAUACCAUAAGCUUGCUGAGCACAGGCACGGUAUCGGAAGGGAAUGCUACCAGAGUCAACGCUAGUUGCUAUUAGCUCGCCAUCGAGAUUGAUUAUAAGCCGACCGUGAAUGGUGUUAUGCAUGAAGGCCGGAAGGAAUGCUUCAUUUCCACGGUUCCGUUUUACGUCCGGAGAUAUCUGCUCUACCUGGAGGACACGACACGAGGUCAAUCAACCCGAGAAACGGUGAUACCCUCCUUCCAUCUUCAUUGGCUAGCUCGAUUAAAACGAUACCCCAACCCGGACCCCCAAAAAUACAUUUCUAAGAAAGGAUCGACCACCAUUUGUUUUCUUGUUACACUGCUAGAUGCCGCAGUCAACCGGAACGGGCCGCAUUUGCUAGAGCCACGUGCAGCAGUGGACGCCUGAGAAUGCACGUUUCGGCCCUCAUGAUUGGUAACCGAAAGCCCGUCAACGCCGCAGCGUUUCUUUUCAGGGCUUUUCGUCCCGGUGGGAUGAAAAUGGCUUGUACCCUAAAAACGCGGGGAAACACCAAUUAUUAGGUACUCUCUCAGAUACCUGCUUCUAACCUAGAUCUUGACGCUAUACCAACGUUUGAGAAAAAUCGAUCAAAACAGUUUGAGCCAUAAGCCAGUCACCUAAAGUCCAACUGCUACCAUGCCUGUCAAUCACCUUGUGCUAUUCCAAUUCAAAGCCGAUGCUACUGCCGAUCAGGUUGAGAAGGCAGUCGCAAAUAUGCUAGCCCUCAAGGAUAACUGUCUUCACCCUACCACACAGAAGCCGUACAUCAACUCCCUGACGGGCGGAAAGGACAAUUCGCCCGAAGGACGACAGAAUGGAAUUCAAUAUGCCUUCGUAGUGGAAUUCGCGAGUACCGAGGAUAGAGAUCACUACGUCCAUAAUGACCAAGCUCACAAGGACUUUGUUGGGGCAGCUUUACCCAUCAUCGAGAAUGCGAUUGUGAUCGAUUACAGCUUCUGAGCCUAAGCCUGAGCCUGGAUGAGACAUUAGCGCUUAGGCAUUCCACAUGUUUCAUAGAAAAAUUCGAAAAAAAUAAAAAUAAAAGUAAAAAAUAAACAUAUUCAUCCCUAUGAAAAUUAUUGCAAGUACAUGUGAGGCUUUGAGGAAACCAUCUACUCUAGUAUGCGUGUAGCUAACUGGUCCAAUCGUGAGCACGGAAGCCAAGGAUCCGCAGCCAACAGUGCUAUAGGGGAUCUAGGCAGAACC